UUGGGGCCUGAGAGACGCUGACUGUGCCAACAUGAACAAGAUUCUGGUUGCUGGCGUCGCCCUCAUAGUAGCAGUACAGUUUAUGAUGACAGCUGGAUUCCCCACAUCAUGGGCGGUCCCUCCAGAACAUUAUGACGAGGGUCACCAUGGCCACCAACACAAUGAUGAAUACGAUAACCAUCAUGACGAUCACCACGGCCACCACCACAAUGAUGAAUACGAUCAUCAUCAUGACGAUCACCACGGCCACCACCACAAUGAUGAAUACGAUCACCAUCAUGACGAUCACCACGGCCACCACCACAAUGAUGAAUACGAUCAUCAUCAUGACGAUCACCACGGCCACCACCACAAUGAUGAAUACGAUCACCAUCAUGACGAUCACCACGGCCACCACCACAAUGAUGAAUACGAUCAUCAUCAUGACGAUCACCACGGCCACUACCACAAUGAUGAAUACGAUCACCAUCAUGACGAUCACCAUGGUCAUCACCCUGAUGAUCACCACGACCACCAUCAUGAUGAUCACCACGACCACCAUCAUGAUGAUCACCACGAUCGUGACGAUUACUUCCACUAUGGCUUCCCUCCUGUAGGUUACAUAUGACGAUCAGUUGUAAGAAACGUCUUCAUUCACAGAGAAACUAAUAUUACGUUCUAUGACCUGCUUCAUGUUUAAUGCAUAUCUUCAGAUGACUUAACAUGUGGCACUUGUGUACAACACAUGAGAGAAUCUGACUUUACUGUUGCUGUGGUAUUAACGUGAAACCUACUCCAUGUCCACAGACACUUGAAAUAAAGUUUUUUCCCUUA